UCUGUAGUUACUAAACUCAUUAACUAAAAUAGACUGGUCUCCCUGAUAGAAUGUCAGUGGUGUGAGGGUGGGGCUUAGUUUUGUGUUCUCAGAUGCCUUGGACAUUACCUGGACAGAGUAGGUACCCAAUAAGUAUUUGUAAAAACAAAACAAGACACACACAAAAAAAAAAAAGAAGAAGAAGAAGGAGGAGGAGGAGGGGAACCAGUCUUCUGGAGGGGGAGGGGCUGUCCCAGGCCACCACUGGCUCUGGGCAGAGCCACCCUGUCUGCCCUCUCGUCAAGCCCAAGCUCGAAGGUGGGUUACAGCUGUCAAGAGAAUGGUGGGUCAGGCUCAGCCAUUUUUUUCUCCGAGGCACCUUCAAUCCAAGGAGUCAUCUUAGGCCCUUAGGAGGAGCGGGUGGCAUCUGGAGUCAGAGCUGUAGAUGACAGAGCUGUUAACUCAGGGUCUCAGCCUCUCUUAAUGGAUCUUCCAGACACUGUUAAAAAAAAAAAAAAAAAAAAAAAAAAAACAGGUAAUUUGCUCUCAAUGGCAACAAGAAGCAGGGCCAGGACUCUCUCCAGACCUUUCUGAGAAAGGCCAGGAGAGGGCUGAGGGGUAGGGCAGAAAGGAGGAGGAGUGCCUCCCUGUGCCGUCGUGAAAGGCAAUCUCAGACUCUUGUCCCAACAGCCCUCAGACUAAAUGGGCGAGCACACUCAGGGAAGCACACCCAGACCAUGGGGGGCCCCGCUCACAACUGGGUAGUGGUUGAAUGAACUUGACUGGUUCUUGGGAUUUGAGCCCCAGCCCUGCCUCUUGCCAUCUUUGUGCUGCGGUAAGUUACUUCCCCUCCUUGAUUUCUUGGUUUCUUGCUACCUCCUUGGACUUCUGUGAAACAUGCAUGUGACAGUUUGUGGCGCAGGAACUGGCUAGCUCUAGGGGUUGUUCUUGGAGUCAGAAUUUGCUCCAGUGCUUCGUGGACCAACAUGGAACUUACUAACUGCUGGGUCACCCCUCUCAAAUGCUGCCUCUACUACCGGAGCUGGCCCCCUCAGGACAAUGAGAAGCCACCUCACUUCCCCUGGCCGUCCUAACAGCUGUGAGUCUUGGUUUGGGAGUGAGGAGGGGUUGGAAGAGGGCUUGGCACCGGCAGGGAGACUCUCACUCAGGUCCAUUGGAUUUAAGUUGUGAAUUCUCGUUGGACACCAGGAAAUGUGGACAUGCAGGUUGGGAGAUAAGAAGACUGCAGCCAAAAGAAGAACCAUGGCUUUGGAAGGUGGAGUCCAGGCUGAGGAGCCUCUCUGGAUGUAGGAAGCGCAGUCGGGCAGCCAUGGAGUGGGACAAUGGUACAGGCCAGGCCCUGGGCUCCCCGCCCACCACCUGUGUCUACCAAGAGAACUUCAAGAGACUGCUCCUGCCACCCGUGUACUCAGUGGUGCUGGCGGCUGGCCUGCCCCUGAACACCUGUGUCAUUGCCCAGAUCUGCACCUCCCGCCGGGCCCUGACCCGCACAGCCGUGUACACCCUGAACUUGGCCCUGGCUGACCUGCUCUAUGCCUGCUCCCUGCCCCUGCUCAUCUACAACUACGCCCAGGGGGACCACUGGCCCUUUGGCGACCUCGCCUGUCGCCUGGUCCGCUUCCUCUUUUAUGCCAACCUCCAUGGCAGCAUACUCUUCCUCACCUGCAUCAGUUUCCAGCGCUACCUGGGCAUCUGCUACCCGCUGGCCCCCUGGCACAAGCGUGGGGGCCGCCGCGCAGCCUGGCUGGUGUGCGGGGCCGUGUGGCUGGCCGUGACAACCCAGUGCCUGCCCACAGCCCUCUUCGCCGCCACCGGCAUCCAGCGUAACCGCACCGUCUGCUACGACUUGAGCCCACCAGCCCUGGCCGCCCGCUAUAUGCCCUAUGGCAUGGCCCUCACCGUCAUCGGCUUCCUACUGCCCUUCAUCGCCCUGCUGGCCUGCUACUGCUGCCUGGCCCGCCGUCUGUGCCGCCAGGACGGCCCAGUGGGGCCAGUGGCCCGGGAACGGCGCGGCAAGGCGGCCCGCAUGGCCCUGGUGGUGGCAACUGUCUUUGCCAUUAGCUUCCUGCCCUUCCACAUCACCAAGACCGCCUACCUGGCAGUGCGCUCCACAGCCGGUGUCCCCUGCCCCGUCCUGGAGGCCUUUGCUGCUGCCUACAAGGGCACGCGGCCUUUUGCCAGCGCCAACAGCGUGCUGGACCCCAUCCUCUUCUACUUCACUCAGAAGAAGUUCCGCCGGCGGCCACAUGAGCUGCUCCAGAAACUCACAGCCACGUGGCAGCGACAGGGUCACUGAGUCUGCUGGGGCAGGACACCUGGGGCCUGGGCACCAGAAGCCCUUCCAACCCCAAACCAGGCAGAGAAUUAGAGCUUAGCUCAGCUGGGCAGGGAGUGAGGUCCCGCACAGACUACAGAAUCUCACCGAUGACUAUUCCUUGAGCCCAUGCUCUGGACCUGUGGGCACAGAAAGACAGGCUUGAACCUGGCCUUCCAGAAGGUGCCAGUCAGCCCCCCGGGGAGUCAGGGAAGCUGCCAGAAGCUGUUUGCAAAAAUACGGCAUGGCAUGUACUGUAAUUGAGGAGUGUGCUGGAUGCUUUGGAGUCAGCAGUAUAGGGACUGAGGGAAGAUGGGAGGAGGAGGUGAGAAGUUCUGGAAAGGAGUGUUCUAGCUGGACUUUGAUGGGUUGAGUAUGAGCUCUCUGGAGAUGUGUGAUGGUCCCUUCAUUCAGCACACCUUUACCUACACCUUCUCCUUGGGCCUGGGUUGAUUCGGGGGCACCGGGAGAACCAGUCCUAGCCCUGCCCCAUAUAGGCUCCCAACUACCGGGCUUACAAACACUUGACAACAAUGAUGUCAAGGCUGGGACAGAUAAAUAGAGAAUGCCCAUGAUCCAGUC